GGGGGAAUAGCCUUUGAACGAGAAACCUCCUGCACACGCCAGCAGUGUUCGCGGACCCGGUAGUCGGUGUCCGUCGUCCACGCAGGCGGCCGAUGUGCUCCGUGGCCGUUUUAUUUCAAGCGAUUUCUGUUGAGCGCAUUUGUUUGUGACGCAGCUUCUCUGCAGGUGCCUUCGAAGCAGUUGUUGCUCCCCCCCUCAGCAAUGGCACUCUCCUCGGCGCCGGCCUGCAACUGUGGCGGAUUCCACUUGGCCUGCCGCAUGCGGGACAUGGAUCUGCCCGUUGAGAAUUUCCCCGCGAAGGUGAGCAGUGCCGUGGACAGCAGGAGCACAUCAUCCACUGCAGCUUCUUCCGACCACGAGUCCGACCACGAGUGCGACCAUGCUGUCAGGCACGCCGCGCCCAACGGGGUUCGCAGCGAGGCCGUCCUCGGCGGCGGCGUGUGCGCGUGCGGCGGCUUCCACCACGCCUGCCGGCUGCGCGACUCGGCGCCCCUCGAGCCGGCCCGGCCCCUCGCGGCACCAGAAGGCCUCCCCGUGGUGGCUCUGCCCUGGCUGGAGGCAGAGGGGCCGCUGAGCGAGGCCGUGGUGGGCGGCGCGGAGUGCAGGUGCGGGGGCUACCACCGCGCUUGCCGGCCAGUGGCCAGCGGGGGCCUUGCGCGCGCCACUCCCGCGCCUGGGCCGCUGGCGGCGGCGCCAGGCGGCAUCGACAGCGCCACCGUCGCUGGCCCGGCCGCCUGCGGGUGCGGCGGCUACCACCGCGCGUGCAGGCUGGGCGGCGACCGCACCCCCGCGGCGCGGGCGCCCGAGGGGCCUGCGCCCGCCGCGGCGGCGCCCGGCGGCGCCCGCUGCUCGCCGAGCGUCGCAGCGCUCGGCUCCGGGUCCUGCCGCUGCGGCGGCUACCACCGCGCCUGCCAGUCCCACGCGCUGGGCUCGCCCCGCCAGGUGCUGGAGCCGGCCUCUGCCGUCGCGGCGACGCUUGAGGGCGCGUGGAGCUCCGUCGUCGCUGGCCUCUCGCGCGCGUGGGCCGCCGCGGGCGGUGCCCUCGCCGACCGUGAGGCCGCGCCUGGGGCGUGCCAGUGUGGCGGCUACCACCGCGGGUGUCGCUGAGGCUCCGGGGCUCUGGCCGCGCCAGGCCUGUGGGUGCGGCGGCAAACAGCCAGGGGGGUGGAGGGAGCACAAGGGGCCCCCCCUCUCCCCUCGCUCUGGAGCUCGGUGGGGCUGUCGCCAUGGCUAUCUGAGCAGUGGUGCUGGAGCUCGAGUGCGUUUUUUUUUUUGCUCCUCGGCAGUCUUCUGUGAGAGGCUCAGCCUUGGGAAACCUUGGAGAGGCUAACCUUAGGCGUUCCAACCCUUUUGGAGAGGGUGGAGGGCUCUUCAAAAACAGUGCUCUGGAGCGCUUUUUUGUGUGAAAAUCUUCUAGCCCUUGGAGAGGGUGCAAGGAGUGACGUGGUCAGCCACGCGCUACCCCAGAGCACAUCUACUUGUACAGUUUGGACGGGUGGCGCCUGGCUCUUUUACAACGUUGCUCGGCAGGCAGGAACACAGUCUGGCCCUUGGAGAGAGCUAUUUGUCCUGCCUGAGGCCUCGCGCUGCCCCGGAACGCGUGUAAUCGCAUACUUUAGACGGGUGGGUGGGUGGCUGUUUCAACGGAGUUCACCAGGCUGGAGCUCGUCCUCGGCUGGCUCCCUGGUGUUCGGUCUUUGUCAUCGUGCGCCGUGUUGCUGAAUCACGGGCAGUAGCCGUGUUUGAAUGCGUCUUGGCUGUUCGAGCAGGUUGGGUGCGAGGGCACUCAUUCGUCAUUCGUUACAGCCAGAGCGGGGUACAGCAGCCUUGUUUCGAACGGGUGCUGUGGUGCAGGGCGAUUCGCUCUCUCAUAACGUUGUCCUCGGAAAUGCGUCAUGCCAUGUCGCACAUGUGAGGGGACCCCCGGCAGGCUGCCAGGGUGUCGGCAAAUUUGUAAUUACAGCUUGGACGGUUGGCGUUUUGCUCUUUCGACGUUGCUCGGCAGGUUUGAGCGCACCCUGACCCUCGGACAGGGCAUACGGGGCUACUUGGCCUGCCUGAGACCUUGCGCUGCCCCGGAACGCGUGUAAUCGCACACUUUGGACGGGGGGCCCGGCCUUUUCGACAGAGCUCACCAGUUUUGUGCAUGCCCUCGGCCCUGUUUCCUGGUGUCCCAUCUGUGUCAGAGCCUCGUGCUGUUCGCGCGCCAGAUUCAUCAUUGUUUACUCAUACAGCUGUUUUUGAAUGAGUCUUGGCUGUUCGAGCAGGUUGAAAGCGAGGGCUCCGGUUCGUCAUUCGUUUUGGCCAGAACGAAGUACAGCACCAGGUUUCCAACGGGGAUUGCGGUCAACAAGAAAAGAAUGUUCGGUGAUUCGUUCUCUCAGGAUUUUGCCCUCGUUAGUUCACUUGCGUGGUCGUGUCUUGCCCUGCCGCACAUGGGUUCCCUUUUUUGUGCUCUCACCUGUCCACACGAGAUGCAUCACAUGUUCCUGUUCUCGCGAACAACACUGCAACGGCGCGACGGGGGAACGUCUAGCCAUAUCGUGAGCCCUGGAAGAUGGGCCCAAACAGUGCCAUGUGGCCCACAUGCCUUCGCUGCCACGCGCGCGCGUGUUGAUCUCUUUCCAGGACCAUUGGUUUUCGAAGCAUUUCAAGAUAGAGCUCGCGAACUUGCGGCGAUUUUGGAGCCUCAUGUGCCUUUGUGGACGUUGUCGAAGCCCA